UGAAAUGUUUUGUUCUGGUGAUGUCUGUUUAUUUGUUAAUCUAGCUACUGUACUAAACAAGAACCUUGGAUUGUUUUGGUUAUUUUCUAUAAGUUUGCGGAGAUGCUCGGCCCUGGCUGCUUUUAGAGUCUUUCUAUAACGGGACGAGCUGUCUUUCCACGCGAUUCUGAAGACCUCUAAACGAGUUUGUCUCCAUUUGCGUUCUAGAUUACGAGUUUCUCUGUUGAUAGUAAUACUGUUGUACCAAGGUACAGUAUUUUUCUCUCUAACCUUUUGUAAAAAAAGAAAAAAAAAAAAAGUAAAACUUGAAACAAACUACUUCCAAACAGUUCAGUUUGGUGAGAACACAGAUUUCAGAAUAAAAAAAAAAACAGCCAAGAGUUAGUGUGUUUGCUGACGUCUGACUGUUACUGACACUUGAAAAGCAGUUUCACUUCCUUAUUUUCAGAGAAAGAGAAAGAAAUUUCAGAGCCGCUGUUCAACACGACAGUUCAGAAGAGAAGAAAGAAAAGUCUACUAAUAUUGUUUGAGCAGUGAGUCAGUGAAGGAAGAUUGCAUCUGUUGAUCAGCAUUGUGACACACUAGAAGAGAUGGAAGAAGACAAGCUGAAACACAAGGAAGUCCAGAUGAGCAGCAGCGUUCACACUGGAGUCAGUGUUGGUCUGAAUGCUCAGACGGGAGCAACUGUAAAUGCUCCUGUACUCACUGGAAACACCAUCACAGGCCCGGUGAACAUCAACAUCAACACUGCAGGAAACGAAACAGCAGAGAAACACAGAGAAGAGCAAGAGGACUUGAUUCUGAAAAAAUUCUUAGGAACUCACAAAACAGACAUGAAGGAGAAAGCAGAGCGUAUUUUUGAAGGCAUGAAAGAAAAUGAAGCACUUCUUAAGGAUGUUUACACAGAACUGUUCAUCACAGAGGGAGAUAUGAAAGAUGUCAAUCAGGAACAUGAGAUUCUGAAGAUUGAUGAUGCUUUCAAGAACAAAAAAACACAAGACAAACCAAUCAAAUGCAAUGAUAUAUUUACAUUACUAAGAGGUAAAAAUGAGAAAAAGAUUGUGCUGACCAAGGGAGUCGCUGGCGUUGGAAAAACUGUCUCUGUGCACAAGUUCAUCCUGGACUGGGCAGAAGGAAAAGCCAAUGAUUUUGUUGACUGUGUAUUCCUGCUUCCAUUCCGAGACAUUAACUUGAUGACAAAUGAAGAUUACAGUCUCCAUGAGCUUCUGCUGGAAUUUUAUCCUGAACUGAAGGACCUGGAGAAAUCAAAAUUAUAUAAGGAAUGCAAGAUAGCAUUUAUAUUUGAUGGACUUGAUGAGAGUCGCCUGCCUUUGAAUUUUAACAGUAGAUCAUUGACCUCUGCUGAGAAAAUAUCAUCUGUAGACGUGCUGUUCACAAGUCUGGUCAAAGGGAUUCUGCUUCCAUCAGCUCUCGUCUGGGUGACCUCACGACCAGCAGCAGCCAAUCAGAUCCCUCCUCAGUAUGUGGGUUUGUACACAGAGGUGCAAGGAUUCACUGACCAACAGAAGGAAGAGUACUUCAGAAAGAGAAUCACAGAUGAGACUCAGGCCUCCAGAAUCAUCUCACACAUUAAGACGUCUCGUAGUCUCUACAUCAUGUGCCACAUUCCUGUGUUCUGCUGGAUCAUGGCCACAGUACUUCAGGAUAUUCUCACCGGCAACAAUACAGAGAACAUCAGCACAACACUCACUGAAAUGUAUAUUCACUUCCUGCUGAUACAGAUGAACCUGAAGAGCCAGAAGUACGAUAAGCAAGAAGAAAGACAACGUACAAAACUCUUAGAUUCGAACGGAGAAAUUAUUUUGAAGUUAGCCAAGCUAGCGUUUGAACAGCUGAAGAAGGACAACAUUGUGUUCUAUGAGAAAGAUCUGGAAGCAUGUGGUAUUGAUGUGAGUAAAGACACUGAGUUCACAGGAAUGAUCGCCGAGAUCUUCAAGAAGGAACAUGGGCUUCAUGCAACAAAAGUCUUCUGCUUUGUGCAUCUGAGUGUUCAAGAGUUUCUCGCUGCAGUGCAUGUGUUCCUCUGUUACCUGAACAAGAACAUGCAGGAGCUUCAGUUUUUCUUUGAUGAACCAGAAGAAAACAUCACAUUGCAGGAGCUACUAGAGAAGGCUGUUGAUAAAGCCAUGAAGAGUGAGAGAGGACAUCUGUACCUGUUCCUGCGGUUUCUGCUGGGAAUUUCACUGGAAUCCAGUCAGAACCUGCUCAAAGGCCUGAUCACACACACUGACGUCACCACAGAGAGCAUCACACAAACAACUAAAUACAUUAAACGAAAACUAUCCUGGUACACCUCAGAUGAAGCUUCAGUCAACCUAUUCUACUGCUUACUUGAGCUCAAGGAUAAUUCAUUAUAUGAGGAAAUCCAAAGAUACCUCAGUUCAGGUGAACAUCCAGGAAGAGAACUCUCAUCUUCAAUGUGCACAGUGCUGACCUACAUACUGCUGAUGUCAGAGAAGGUGCUGGAUGAGUUCAACCCAAAGAGGUUCACGUCAUCUUCAAACUACAAGAGAUUUGUUCCAGCUGUGAGAUGUUGCAGAAAAGCCCUAUUUGAUGGCUGUGGUCUUGAUGAAACUUGCUGUGAAACUAUAUCUUCAGUUCUACAAUCAUCAAACUCCCAUCUGACAGAGUGGGACCUGAGCUGUAAUCACCUGAAGGAUUCAGGAGUUAUGCUGCUUUCUGAUGGACUGAAGAGUUCACACUGUCAACUGAAUAUACUGAGGCUAUUUGGGUGUAAUCUGACUGGUCAGUCCUGUGAAAGUUUGUCUUUAGCCCUAGAAUCCUCAAACUCUGUCCUGCGAGAACUGGACCUGAGUAACAAUGACCUGCAGAAUUCUGGAGUGAAGCUUCUUUCUGAUGGACUAAAGAGUCCAAACUGUCAGCUGCAGAUACUGAGCCUUACUCACUGUAAUCUCACUGUUCAGUCUUGUGAGAGUUUUUCAUCAGUCCUGCAAUCCUCAAACUCUGUCCUGACAGAGCUGGACCUGAGUAACAAUGAUCUACAGGAUUCUGGAGUGAAGCUUCUUUCUGAUGGACUGAAAAGGAACUGUAAGCUGGAGAUUUUGAGGUUGUCUGGCUGUAUGGUGACAGAGGAAGGCUGUGGUUAUGUGUCUUCAGCUUUGAGUUCAAAUCCAUCACACCUGAGAGAGCUGGAUCUGAGCUACAAUCACCCAGGAGACUCAGGAGUGAAGCUGCUCUCUGAUACACUCAACCAUCCAAACUACAGACUGAACAAACUCAAUGGGGAUCAUGGAGGAGAGUUCAGGAUUACAGCAGGACUGUACAAAUAUUCCCAUCGGAUCACUGCGGAUCGGAACACAGUGAAUAAAUGGAUCCGUCUGUCUGAGAGGAACACAGUGAUUACUGUCACUGGCACACCACAGUCGUAUCCUGAUCAUCCAGACAGAUUUGAGUAUCCUCAGGUGUUGUGUAGAGAGAGUGUGAGUGAUCGACGCUGUUACUGGGAGAUUGAGUGGAGUGGAGAACAUGUGCGUAUAUCAGUGUCAUAUAAGAGCGUAAGCAGGAAGGGAGUGGGUGAAGAGUGUGUGUUUGGAUGUAAUGAUCAGUCUUGGAGUUUGACCUGCUCUCCUGACAGAUACUUAUUCAGACACAAUGACAUACGGACUCGUCUCCCUGUAAAGCCCAUCAUCAGUAGAUCAGUGAAUGAGGUGAAUCACUAUAGAGUAGGAGUGUAUGUGGAUCACAGUGCAGGAAUUCUGUCCUUCUACAGCGUCUCUGGAGACACAAUGAUCCUCAUCCACACAGUCCAGACCACAUUCACUCAACCGCUCUAUCCUGGGUUUACUGUUGGUUAUAAUUCAUCAGUGAAACUGUGUUGA